GAUAACCUUGAAUGAGUAAACCAUAUUAAAAAUCAACGGCUAAACGAUGCAUCGAAAUACGUUUAAUUUCUGCUUUUUACUCGUAACUUUUACCGGGAAUUGUGACCCUCAGAAAGUACUGGGUACUGAACUUGGUCCCCAAGUUGUGAAUGAAACCAAGAUGGGCGAAGGUCCCCCUUGGGAGGAGGGUCAACCGACUUAUUUUCCAUAUCCGUACGAUUGCCGAAAAUUCAUCGAGUGCACCAACGGGGUCCCGAUUGUUCACAAUUGUGCUCCCCUGACCGUGUGGGACCAGUCGUUGCUUACCUGUAAUCACGAAAGCGUCACAUCCUGCGUCAUAGUCACGACGGAGACUCCAAUCCACACUUCUUUCGAUACUGACGCUCAAACUACAACAACCAGCCCCACACCAUCCACCUCAACCACACCCACAGAACUAACAUGCCCAAAAACUAAAACGACGACCAACCGACCUCCGGAGACUACUCCAAUCCAGACGAGUGUCCGAUACACGAUAAUAAAUAAACAGUGCAAUAACAUGGCUCUAAGCAUCUACAAUUCCACUUUGAGUUCCGAAAAUAAAAUCCAUGCAAUGCCGCACGUGCCCGACUGCUCGGAUUUGUCCCAAGUAUUCCAACUGGAAAUUUUUAACGGUAUUCCCGACCAUUACUACAUUUUGUCCGCACUUGGAAAAGGAAUUGAAGGAAGGAUCUGGGUCAUGCAUCUGCAUUAUGAUCUUUAUACUUUCCCAACUAUACAGAAUGGUACCGGAGCUUAUGCAGAGUACACGCUGAAACUUGUGGAUGCAACUAAUUUCUACACAAUACGGGUUCGGGAGAGUCCAGAAGCGAGUUUCUAUUACUCCGGAUCACAGAACGAUAUUGGAGUCGACCUUCGAACCGUGGACGCACCAGAUUCUACAAAUCCAACGCAAUUAUGGGGGUUUGUGCGGUGCCCGACCUAAUCGAAAAUACACCUCUACCACAAAACAUUAAUGUGAUGCACGUAUUGACAUAAAUAAUAAAUACUACAUUACUAUUAAAAUAUCCUUGUUCCAAGUAAA